UAAUAUCACGGCAGCUCUGGUCAAAAGGUAAUCGAUAUUGAAAACUUGAAUCGUCGCCGCUCAUCUCUUUCUUUCGUGUAUUGCACGUUGCAAAGUGUAGACAUGGCAACAAAGGUGUCUCGUGACACGCUCCUUGAGGGCGUCAAUGGAGUUCUUGAGCAUUCGUUAAAGAAGAAGCGCAACUUUCUGGAGACGGUGGAGCUUCAAAUUGGUCUGAAGAACUACGAUCCCCAAAAGGACAAGCGUUUCUCUGGCACUGUUAAAUUGAAGCACAUCCCACGUCCCAAGAUGAAGGUGUGCAUUCUGGGCGAUCAGCAGCAUUGCGAUGAAGCCAAGGCUAACGGCGUUGAGUUCAUGGAUGCUGAGGCACUCAAGAAGCUGAACAAGAACAAGAAGCUGGUGAAGAAACUGGCCAAGUCCUAUGAUGCUUUCCUUGCCUCCGAGUCGCUGAUCAAGCAGAUUCCCCGUCUCUUGGGUCCCGGCCUCAACAAGGCUGGCAAGUUCCCUGCCCUGCUGUCUCAUCAGGAAUCAAUGAUGGCCAAGAUCGAGGAGGUCAAGUCCACCAUCAAAUUCCAGAUGAAGAAGGUGCUGUGUCUGUCCGUCGCCGUUGGACACGUGGGCAUGAAGCAGGAUGAGCUCACCCAGAACGUUAGCUUGUCGAUCAAUUUCUUGGUCUCGCUGCUCAAGAAGAACUGGCAGAACGUGCGCUCCCUGCACAUCAAGUCCUCCAUGGGCCCACCCCAGCGUCUAUACUAAUUUUUUGUAAAGCCAAUA